UAAAGUAUAUACAACUCAUGUUUCCUACUUAGAAAUCUACAAUGAAUGUGGUUAUGAUCUGCUGGACCCAAGACAUGAGGCCUCCAGAAUGGAAGAUUUGCCAAAAGUGACAAUAAUGGAAGACUCUGAUCAAAACAUCCAUCUGAAAAACUUGUCUCUUCAGCAAGCAACCAAUGAGGAGGAAGCCUUAAACCUACUCUUCUUAGGGGACACCAACAGAAUGAUUGCUGAGACACCAAUGAAUCAAGCCUCAAGCCGGUCUCACUGCAUUUUCACUAUUCACAUCUGCAGCAAGGAACCUGGAUCUGCAACUGUCCGACGCUCCAAGCUGCAUUUAGUAGACCUUGCUGGAUCAGAGCGUGUUGCAAAGACUGGAAUUGGAGGUCACUUACUGACAGAAGCCAAAUAUAUCAACCUGUCAUUACAUUAUUUGGAGCAGGUAAUAAUUGCUCUUGCAGAGAAAAACCGGUCCCACAUUCCUUACCGAAACUCUAUGAUGACCUCAGUGCUAAGAGACAGCCUGGGAGGAAACUGCAUGACUACCAUGAUAGCAACACUUGCUAUGGACAAAAGAAACAUAGAUGAAUCUAUAUCAACCUGCAGAUUUGCACAGCGAGUUGCUCUUAUUAAAAAUGAAGCAGUUCUUAAUGAAGAAAUUGACCCCAGAUUGAUGAUUAUCCAGCUGAAAAAGGAGAUCCAGGAUUUGAAGGAUGAGUUGAUGCUGGUGACUGGCAAGCAAAGAACAUCAGAGCUUUCCCAAGAAGAGCUAUUUCAGUUGGAUGAGUUAAUUGAAACAUUUCUCAAAGAUAAUGAUCCUGACAGCUCUCUAGAUGUUGGUGCUGACAUGCGCAAGAUCAAGUAUUGCUUCGUUCAUAUGAAGCAAAUUAUAAAUCAUCCAGUGACUUCAGGUAAAAAACUGCUCUCACAAGACACCUCUGAAGAAAAAAACAGUAAUGAAGAACUGGAAAAAUUGAAAGGAGUUCUGCAACAAAGAGACAAUGAAAUCAAUAUUCUGGUAACUAUGCUAAAAAAAGAAAAAAAGAAAGCACGAGAUGCUCUUUCCCAGCUUAAUGCCACCUCUGCUGGUUCUUCAGUCUUGGAGCAGUCUCCUUCUAUGAGCUUGGAAGAAAGUCAGAGUCCAUCUAGAUGUUUUAGUCUGAAAGAGGCAGAAGUCUUCAGCUCUUCUGUUCCUAGACUACCUUCUCUUUCCAGAGCAACAGGAGGAAAGAUGUCACUUGGACGUCAGGAAGCUUUUGAAGUUUUCAAGCGGGACCAUGCUGACAGUAUAACCAUUGAGGACAACAAACAGCUUCUGAAGCAGAGGUUUGAUGAAGCUAAAUGCCUUGGAGAGAAAUUAAAUGAAGUGAGAAACAAAAUAAACCAUUUGAAAGGAAAGAUAAUCCAGAGGCAGAUUCAGAGAGCAGCUCUAGCUGUUUCAAACCCUUCUGAAGGACGAACCUUUGAUCCAGCAGAAGAGAAUCUCCGAAUGCAAAUUGAAGAAGAAAAAAAAAGCUAUAAAAUAGUGUACAGUCGCUUCAAAGGGCUGAAGGUAGAGAUUGAGCACCUGCAGCUUCUUAUGGAAAAAGUGAAGAUGAAGCUGCAAAAAGACUUUGAAGCCUGGUGGUCUGAAGAGGCAAAAAAAUUCCAGGAAAAGCCAGAGAUGGUUGCCUCACCAAAUACUGCCACUGUUUAUCCACAGUUUAUCAGAUCCUCACAGCAUCUAUCACCCAACAGUUUUUCAGACACCAGCAGAGACAGCCCUUAUGAAGAUGCAGCUGUGAAAAACAAUUCAAUCACUUCUGGUAACCCAACUUUAAAAACAAGGAGCUCACCAAAUUCAAGUACAUCUAUUCCUCUGACUGGAGACAGCCAGGCUGAUGCUGACAUCCUAGCAUUCAUUAAAGCAAGACAGAACAUCCUGCAAAAGAAAGGCUUGGGCAACAAAUGAAGUUCUUGUCACAGUCCACUAUUUCCUUUUAGAAACAGUCAAAGACUUUUAUUCUUUCCCUUCCUCUUCUGUUUAGAAACAGGUACAAGUAAGUACUUCAGAUGUACAGGUUUAAUUGGUAAGGGUAUAUAAAUUGUCUUUGACAGCAAAAUCCAUUUCUCUGACAACAGAUAUUUGAGUAUUGCACUCAGUAUCUUCACCCUGCAUUAAGAUUAACAAAACUGAAACAUCUAAUCAGGAGUUUGCAAACAUAUUUGUUAAUGAGAAUUCGUACAUUUCUAAAUUUUAAAAUUAUCUCAUGUAUUAAUGCUCUUAUGCAUCUUUAAUCUGGGAAGGGCUUAUUAGUACUGAUAGGGUUUUUUACAUCGAUUCGCAUAAGGCUUUGUUAAUUAUCCCUAUUGACCAUCAAGAGACAUCGAUUCAUUAUCAUUCAUUAUCAUCCAUAUCAGAUUAUUAGAAUACUGAGAUUGCAUUGUAAUAUAAAAACAAAUGCAUUUUAGGAAGUAAUUCUAGAGUUCAAAAUUUCCCAACUGUUUUCUUUGUAUUUUAAUAGAUUAAAUGUUGUGCAGAAUGGAUUAAAUGUUGUGCAAAAUGCACACCCUCCCAAAAUACAGGUUUCAGAAGAAACAAUUAUACAUAAUAGGCUUUAAAUAAAACAAGGCAAAUACUUCUGAAAAACCAACGAGAUAUGAAAAUUUAAAUGUAAUUUUAUCUUAAAUACAAUGUAAUUUCACUAUUGACUUGGUACUAUUUUAUUGCAUAAUAUCCAGUAAUGAAACAAUUUGUUUUAGACAUCAAAUUAAAAUAAAAAAUGCAAUGCAAAGUACAGUCUUUGAGAUAUGCACACUACAUUGAAGCUGUCACUUUUCAUGCUAGUGAUAAUCUUAUAGUCAUGCAUUUAGAAGCAUAUGGGCUGUUCACAUAAAAAUAAAACAAUAUACUGGCAAAAGUCACAUAUUCUCAAGGAUGUAUAUUUCUUUAUAAGCGUGCUGAUACUUAAUUCUUUGUCAAAUUCAUAAUUAUAGAGAAGUACAUGGUGAAUUUCUGUGUUCAAACCUACA